CAAAGGAUGUAUUAAAUUGAAGUUUUUAAGGAAUUAUUCAGUUACAAUAAAAAAAACCGACUGGGUUGCGAAAAUAAAUUUUUAACAAAUUUUAAAACAAAAUGUGUAGCUUAGAAGACAUUAAUGAGAAUCCUGUUCGGAAACUGCACACAAACUCAGCAGCCUCAAUAAUUGAGUCCAUCAAUGGUGAUUGUGCCGGCGGAUAUGGGCAGGAAAGUGCAUACAAUGACGUUAAUGAAAUCAAUACACCUACAAAUACAAUAGUCACAGCCAAUAGCAUUGACCAAACUGCCAAUAAAACUACCAGCGCACACAAAGAUACCAUGAACAAUUAUGAUAGCAAUGCUUCAACAACAGGCGGUGUUACUAAAGCUACAACAACGCCAACAGCUAUAAAUCCCACUUCAAACAAUUCCUUUAGUACCUCAACACAACACUGCAAUGAACCAAUUGCAGUAAGCACCACAUCAAUUGCAGCUGGCACCAUGGCCACCAUCGCAACCGCAAACACAACCGCGAACACAACACCAAUUAGUGAUUUCUAUCGAAACGCUACAAUUCUUAUCACUGGCGGCACCGGUUUCGUUGGCAAAGUGCUUACACAGAAACUUUUGCGUGCAUUCGAGGUGCGUAAAAUUUAUACGUUAAUCCGUUGCAAAGAUAAUAUGAGCGUUGAGCAGCGUUUGGAAAAUUUCUUCAAGGAAUCGAUCUUCGAUUCUGUACGUGCCGAGCAGCCUGGGUUAUUCCGAAAAGUGCAUGCAAUGCGUGUGGACUACAGCACCGUUGACCUGGGCAUUUCCCCAGAAGACCGUGAAAUUUUAUGCGAGGAAGUGGAGAUAAUAUUCAAUGUUGUGGCCUCGGUAAAAUUCAACGAAAAGCUAAGAGAUGCAAUCGAUAUCAAUGUUUUAGGUACCAAAAAGAUUCUUGACCUGUCGAUGGAAAUGAAAAAACUCAAGUCACUCGUGCACAUUUCAACACUUUACUGCAAUUGCAAUCGGAAAUUCAUCAAAGAGCGCGUAUAUGAGAACGACAUUGGAUAUGAAAAAAUUAUGCAGAUCUUUCGUAUUUUUGACGAUGAAACGCUGGAAAAAUUUCGUCACUGCCUAGUCGGCGAUAUGCCCAAUACAUACACAAUGACCAAAAAAUGCGCUGAGAAUUUAGUUAAUCAUCGAGCCUUUUACAUGCCAGCGGGAAUUUUUCGGCCGCCCAUCGUUAUAUCAACCUAUAAGGAUCCUGUUCCCGGCUGGACUGAUAAUUUGUAUGGGCCAUCAGGUUUGUGCACUUGGUCGGCGCGCGGUCUAGUGCGCUGCAUCUAUGGUCGGGCAAAUUGCAAGGCCAAUAUGGUACCGGCAGAUUACUGUGUCAAUGCAAUGAUUGCCAGUGCAUGGGAUAUAGCGAGGAGAUUUUUAUUGCGCAAAAGUGAUACACAAUCCAAGGAGGAAUUACCUGUCUACAAUUACAUUUUCGAUCGGAACAAUUUAACAUGGGGCCAAUAUAUGCGCAUGUCGCGUGAGGGAUUUCACGAACCAUUUGACAAGGCAUUGUGGUGUUUCUCCUACGUUAUAAUUCCUUCAAAGCCAAUACAUUCUACCGUUGCUUUCUUCCUGCACAAUAUACCGGCUUAUGUAUUAGAUUUUAUCGCAAUGAUAACUGGACAAAAGCGCAUCUAUAUAAAAGCGUAUCGUAAAAUUUCGCGCGUCAUUUAUAUGAUGUCUUGGUUUGGCUUGAAAGACUGGAGAUUCGCCCACAAUAAUAUUGAUGAAUUGGAUGCGGUGGUUGGCAAGACACAAGAACGGAAUUUAUUACAAUUCAAUAUGGCUACCAUUAAUUGGAAGGAAUACUUUCGUUCGUAUCUAAGUGGUAUACGGCGAUAUUUCUUCAAGGAUAAUGAUAAUAAAUUGCAGCAGCGACGUAUAUUUUAUCGCAGACUACUGCUGUUGCAUCAGCUACUCAAAUCAACACUCGGAUUUGCUCUAGUUGCGUGUCUUAUAAAAAUGUACUUCAAAAUUUUUCAUAUCAUACCAAAAAUUGCAUUUUAACCUAAACAUCGAUGAGGAAAAUUAAUUUGCACUUAAAUUUUUCGGACCAUGAAAUUCCAAGUGGUGAUAUUUGCUUAUAUACAUAAACAUGUCUGUAUGGAAUAAACGCCCAAAGAGGGAGAAAAAGUUCA